GUACCCCCGAAACGAUGUUCUAGAGUCGAAAUAGGGCCGCAAAGCACAUGGCCCCGCGACACCAACGCGAAGUGUUGUUUGACCAAUUUUCGAAAUCGGGAAAUUAAGUUGGAACAAAAAAUUCGACAAAACAAAAAAAAAAAUAAAUAAUACGCCGUCGGACGUCGAUUAAGUGGUGAAAAAGUGAAUCUCUCGAUUUGGGACGUCGUUUAGCUGAGGAUUAACUAAAUAGAAUUUGAAAUUUAAGAAUCACCAAGAGAAUAAGCAUUACAUAAACAAUGUGAGUUUUGGAAUAAUCUCAAAAGAAAACUCUUAAGCUAUCCAUAAUAAAUGAUAACUUUUCGACUACAUGUUCGGUGAUUUUAAUUCAUCCCCAACGACGACGACGACGACAUCAACGGUUUCAACCACCAUGCACCUGACGUCCACGACGCAAACAACAACCGGUUCGGCGGCAUCUCCUGAAGGAACCAACGUCAUCAAUGAUACAUACACGAAGAUGACGUCGGAUAUACUUGCUGAAAGAACCCUUAAUGAUUUCCUCUCGGAACAUCCGGGUGAACUCAUACGGACGGGAAGUCCGUUGUUCGUGUGUACAGUGCUACCGCCACAUUGGCGAUCGAAUAAAACACUUCCGGUUGCAUUUAAGGUGGUCGCUUUGGGCGAUAUCGGUGAUGGAACUGUCGUGACAGUGCGUGCAGGUAACGAUGAGAACUAUUGUGCCGAAUUGAGAAAUUGUACUGCUGUUAUGAAGAAUCAAGUGGCUAAGUUUAACGAUUUAAGGUUCGUUGGAAGAAGUGGAAGAGGAAAAAGUUUUACAUUAACGAUAACGGUUUCGACGCAACCACCGCAAGUGGCUACUUAUAAUAAGGCGAUAAAAGUUACCGUUGAUGGUCCUAGAGAACCCAGAUCUAAAACAAUGUUUUCUCUUUUAGGACAGCAGCAACAGUUUCAUUUCGCCUUUGGUCAGCGACCAUUUCCAUUUGCCGCUUCUGAUCCAUUAACAGGAUUUAGAAUGCCACCCAUAGGAAAUUGUAACAAUAUGCCCCAAUUUGGUUUGACAACGACCAAUUCUCAUUGGGGUUAUGGAGCGGCCGGGGCUUAUUCGCCUUAUUUCACUCCGAGUUCGUUGAGUUCCUGCGCGGCACCUUCAGCCUCGCAAUUCAACACCCCAGCUUUAGGAUUCAGCGGAACAACCCCCGAUCAAACCAAUAAUCAAGAAACGACGUUUGGAUCCAGCUCGGUGACUUCUCUUCUCCCAGAUACCACAUCAACAGAUUUAGAUCAAUUAGGUUUAGUUUCGUCCCAAAAUCACAACACCUCUCAUUCGCAAGCAACACCACACUCAACUUCUUUGCUUGUGCCAAGAUACACUUCGUCGAAUCACGAUUUUCAAGUUUCCGGGCCUAGGAGUUUAUCGGAUAAUUCUAGUGCAGCUGAAAGUCCGGUGCAGGAAGAUUUACUUAGUCAAAGUAGUGUUGGGGUGAAUCAUAGUAAUAAUACAAAUUUUGGACUCCAUCAAAAUAUGACCCCCACCACUUAUUCAUCAACGAAUUGUAAUAAUUCUUUGUAUCCGGUUUUGCCGGCGAGUCUUCUUUACUCCCAAUUAUAUUCGGCGGCUAAUCAAACCCAUAAUUUUCAUUCUUUGCAUUCUCAUUCAUCGCAAGGUCACCAUAACGAUCUUCAAACGGUUAUGGAUCAAUUAUCAACCACGAAUCAACGGAGUCAAAUGCAAGGUAGCACGGAAAUUUUACUCACAAAUAAUGGAACUUGCGCAGCGGCCGCUCAAAGACAAGAUGAUCACACUAGACUUGCCACAAAUGCGAGUCAAAGGGGUCCCCAACAAAACACAGAUGCUGUUUGGAGGCCGUAUUAAAAAAAUCUUUUUUAAUUUUAGAUUAUUAAUGAAUUUCGUGCAAUAUUACUUGGGCAUAUUGUUAAAUUGUUAUUGGAGUUUGUAUAUAUAGAUAAAUGUUGCUACCUCCGGUGUACAUUCAGCAAAAUGAUUAGAAUAAGAUUUUAUUGUGUAUAUAAUAUUGUAUAUAUUUAAGUAACUUUAGAAUUAAAAUGUAGUAACCCGAAAUUUCUUUUUAUUACUUACUAACUAUUAAAGGUUUAUAAUAAUGUUUUGUCUUACUAAAUUAAUUUUUUUUUGUUACACCAAAUUGGGUUGUUAACAAAUUUAACGUAUACGUAUGAGGUAUUUGUAAAUUAACACACAAUGUAAUAUAACAACGAUUAUAAAUAAAUAAUAAAUGUUUAUAAAGAUUUUUUUUUCUUUGUAUCUUAAAAACGUCCUUAUAUCCUAUUAAGAAAAUUAAAUUUCACCUGAUUAAAGUCGAUUAUGGUCUUAUAUAUGAAGGUCAAGGUGAUUUUUUUAACCCAAUUUAAGAUAUUUUUUUGCAU